CUAUCAGGCAUGCACUGAAUGUUCAAAUAUUCCUUAAGAUGUAUAGAUCAGAUUAUGCAGAGAAACAGCUAAAGAUUAUGCAACAAAUAGAUGAGGACCACACGCUAACCCAACUUGCAAAUGCAUGGCUAAAUUUGGCAGUGGGUGGUCCUAAGAUACAAGAAGCAUACCUGAUCUUUCAAGAUUUCUCUGAGAAGUUUCCAAUGACCACAUUGGUCCUCAAUGGCAAGGCAGUCUGUUGCAUGCAUAUGGGACACUUUGAUGAAGCCGAAACCCUGUUGCUAGAAGCUCUAAACAAGUCAAUUGAAACUCUCACAUCCUGAUCACAUGCUUGUCAAACGGAUGGUGUCUGCUGAAGAGAGCUUCGACAGAGCUGUUCAAACAAUUUCUUGAAGUUGUUGUGGGUCAAUUGAUAUGCUGCUGAUAGUUGCAUAAUCCAAAGAUUAUUCGAUAAUUUGAGUAGAGCUGUUUUGUUUUCCCCUUUUGCAUUACUGUUUCUUUACCUACUGAUGUUCAUACUGUUGGAGUAGUAGAGUAGUGCCCUGUCGUCUUUUGUCUCUGUUUUCUUCAAUGGAAGUUUAUUUAAUCGGCAACUGUAUUAGGGCUUGCAAACUUAUGUGAGCAAUAUAUGGAUUGAAUAGAGAAGGAUGAUUUAAAGGAUGUCAAA